AUGGCAGCUGCAUCUGGUAGAAGUCUGGGCAGCAUUGCUCCUACCAUGAUCAAGGGCACAACUGUUGACUUUCCCCUUGCUUUGGCUGAAGGACUGCGCAAUGUCCCUCGACUAUACGGUGAAACUCCCCGAGAUCACGGUCCAGUUACUGAUAUCAAAAGCGGAUUUGCUGUUGCUGGAAAAGGAUUUGCGUGGGGAAUGGCGGAGGCGGUUAGCGAUAUAGUUGUCAAGCCAUACCAGGGUUUCCAAAAAGAGGGAGCGAAAGGUACGAUCAAGGGAGUCGGCAAAGGAGUAACAAACAUGGCAGCUAAAGCCGGCUCUGCUAUGUUUGGCCUCAUGGCAUACCCUGCUACUGGUAUCGCGCAGAGUAUCCGGUUGUCAGUUCAAUCGCAGACAAGAAAGCUAAUCGCCCAACAGCGCCACAGUGAGGGAAUAUGGUUACUGGAGAGUCGUCAGUAUACGGCGACGGACAAUAUCGUGGCCACUUUUGGACAGAAAUUCAAGAGCAAGAAAGGCCGAACGUAA